CACGACUGAAGAGUGCUACCUGCGCGGGACUUCCUUGUUCUGAGCCUGGCGGGCAGGUGUUGGGCCGCCCCUCCGGCUCGGGAGUCAGGAUCAGCUGUUGCUCUCAGCUGCUCUCCCGGCGGCCCGUCGCCCGUAAACACCAGUCAGUUUGAGUCUGGCUGUGUGACGGGGAGGAUUGCUGCGUCUGGUCCGCGCAUCGGCGUUCACCAUGUGUCACAUAUUGUCACAGUGAUUUUUAUGUUAGAAGUGACUUAAGGUGGCGGUGGCGGUGCGGGUGUGGGAGUGUAACAGUGUGCGGGACCCGCAGGCUGGCAGCCUCUGGCCUCAUGUUGAAGAGCCUCCGGACCAUCGACAGGUAUACUCGUGAGGUGUUCCACUCCAGCUCCGAGUCGUGCAAGCGGCCGCCUUACAGCAGCCUGGGCGCGGGGGCUGGACACGCCGCCACCUACGACUGGAUAUACCGUGGCUCGGGGGCGACUAUGCCUCCCCUGGUGCGGCCCCACGACCCGACCGCGGCGGCCUACCUCAUGGGGUCCCCCGAGGGCGAGGUGAAGACCAAGCUCAAGUGCGUGUUGGUCGGUGAUGGCUCAGUGGGUAAAACUUCCCUCGUUGUCUCCUACACCACCAACGGUUACCCCACCGAGUACGUCCCCACUGCCUUCGACAACUACAACGUCGUGGUGAACGUGGACAACCAGCCAAUCAGACUGCAGCUUUGCGACACUGCUGGGCAGGAUGACUUCGACUCUCUGCGCCCGCUGUGCUACCCCCAGACGGACGUGUUCCUGGUGUGCUUCAGCGUGGUGUCCCCCACGUCCUUCCACAACGUGCGGGAGAAGUGGCUGCCGGAGCUGCGCCAGCACAACCCUCGUGUCCCCAUCGUGCUGGUGGGCACCCAGAGCGAUCUCAGGACGGAUGUGAAGGUCCUCAUUGAGCUGGCACAGUACCGCGAGCAGCCGGUGUCCGAGGUGGCGGCGCGACGCUUGGCACACCAGAUCGGCGCCGUGGGCUACGUCGAGUCCUCCGCCCUCACGCAGCGGAACCUGAAGGAGGUGUUCGACCAAGCCAUUCUGGCGGCAUUGGAGGCGCGCAACCUUCCCGUGCUGACCCGCGGCGGCUCCUCGAAGCGCUCCUUCUCCAGGCACAGAAAGCUUGGCGGCGGCGGCAGCAUGCGUGGCGGUGGCUCCAGGGACGCCGCCACCGAGCCCCUCAACAGCCACCACUCCCCCACCACCACCCUCGACUACACCGACGACACCCACACUAGGAAACGUGGGUGGAGGAAACUGUGUUGCUUUUCCUGAUCUCUGCUUCCCCUGCUGACUCUCACCUCCCGCCCCCACCAUUAUAACCGUCAUCGUCCGCCACCGCCACCACCACCACCACAAUCACCGCCAUCACCACCACCAUUACCGUGUCACAAAAGCAGAGGUGGACAGCAGCAGAGGACGGGGACAUCUCCACAGCAUAUACCUCACCGCACCCGUGGACACUAGAUUCUCCCUCUCCCUAACAAAUCUAAUGCAUUAUUCUUACCGAUUCUUUUAUUACGGUCAAGGCCUUCUCUUCACCUCCCUAACUUAUUGUAGCAGUAAUGGUUCUCUUCCCCCCUCUCCCGCCUCACCAUGCAGCUGCUCCCCUCGCACGCAGGGCAUCAUUCACACCCUCAAUCAAAAUUUUGCCCAAGUCAUCCUCAUCCAUUUUAUGUCACUCCCGCUUUUUAAUGACCAAUGAUGGAUGCAUUACUCGACUUCUUUCGGACUCACAAUAGUUUACUUCCAAGACUGUCUGUGGAAAGCGAGAAAAUUGAGCAGCCAACGGGAACAAAAUAGUUUAAAAAAUAAAUAAACGCAAUAUAAAACAGACAAAAAAAUGUAACCACCUAAGCAUGGUUAUGUUUCCGAAGAAGUGACUGGGUCUUACAAAACUAUCGACCAGAUGUACUGUACACAAAUAUAAAUUUUCCUUGUAUGAAAUUAACGAGUCCAAACUUCUUUCCGCGUUGAACUCCUCUUCCCUCUUCCCUAUCCUUUACCCCCCCGCCCCGUGGAAGCUGAUACACGCCCCGAAUCUUGUGAUAGUGUUGUACAUACUUAGUUAUAAGGCUAAGAGUACAUGUAACAGGACAAGUGGCAGUUAUAUUAAUACUUACAUAUUAUCCGAUAUCAACACUGGACACUGUAUGUACAUCACCAGAGAUGUGUAUGUGUGUAUUCGUGUGGAGAAACUGGAUGUGAACCAUGAUGUACAUAUAUAGAGAAUUACCUAUAGCGCUGCCAGGAAAGGCCGCGUGUGUGCAAUAAUGAAAAUCCUGAAAAUCAUAGUAGUACAUGUGGAAAGUGUGUCCUGCGAGUGGUAUCAUAUAUAUAACACCGUGAUUGGUCCUGCCGUGUGGCCCCGAGGUCGACCAAACUGUAACGCUGAGCCGGAAGAGCGUCUGUAAGCAGAUAACCUAAAUAAGCCUCAGUGGUGUCCGUCUGCGCAGUGAACGAAGUAAAUCUGUAAGCGUAAAUAUGCUCACAACACAUAACCACUAAGUUGCAUGCAGUGCGGAGCCGUUGUGAUGAAAAUGGUAUUAACAUGGAGUAUUUUGUUUUAAUCUCGAGGUUACUGAUGGGUCCAUAAAUGAUUUAACGUGUUUAACCAUUUCCUUCAAUAUUGCAUUUAUUUAUAUAGAUGUGUGAUUCUCAGAUAUUCCUUUAGUCCACAUAAGUAUUGUUUGAUGCAUUGUAAUGAAGCAAGUUUAUUUUUUCUCUUUUAUUCAACCCGUGUUUGUUUUGAAUGUGCAGUGCCGUCUUAUAUUGUUUGAGCUGCAGAAUGAAGCAGUGAAAAAUUAAGUGAAUGAAUGAAGGUGAAGUGUUUUAUCAUAUACGUGCUCACAACUUUGUUUUUAGCAUGGUAGCACUGAGACUUAUGUGUUCGCUCGUCACUACACGUGAAUCGUACGAGAAUAUCUUGCUCGCAUCUCUUACUCUCAUCUCGAGCCCGAGUAUAUUAUUUUUUUGUGAUGUACAGUCAGCCAAGACAGUAAAUCCUACUCCAUAAGUAAUAAGACACCGGUCUAAAAUAUAUAGAUCACAAUGUCUAUUCUCUCGUGUGCUGUCGUUCUCUAUUAUUCAUAACUUAACAUCAACUUUAAACUUUCACAUCAACACUGUUAGAUUCACUUAUGGUUUAGUCAGAGCAGAUUGUUUACUUUCAUCAUGUUUAAAGAAAAUAUUGCAUGUUCAGUCACUCAUGAAUGGGCAUCGUGAGUUUCCCAAGGGUCAUACACUAAGCAAAGGUACGGAAGGCAUGACUCCUGACUCCUCGUGUAUGCCCAAGGCCGAGAUAGACCAAGGCGAAAAUGCCGUAGGAAGAUUCAGGUUAAUGGACACUCAAGACUCACCCUCAGAAAGUAACAGAUUAGAAAGAUAGACUAAUAAAGUACUGCAGGAAAACUUAAGUUAAUGGACACUCAAGACUCAUCUCAUUUAGGGACAAUUUUACAGCCCAAUGCAGCAAGUUUGUAAACUCCCCAACCAAACACAACAUACGACGAAAGGUCCUUGUAUAGUGUUUGGCGUUGAUAUGAAAAGUAGGAAAUUUUAGGAAUCCACACAGGAAAUAUUUUUAAUGUCUGGUACCGAGUAGAAAUAACGGAUCAUUGAGGAGAAUAUAGUUUGGUUUGGGCGCUUAAAAGGACUGUGCUGGACUGUCAACUGGCCCUAAGUCACCGAUCAAGAAGAUUCCACUUACUUGGUGGAUUCCAACUGUGAUGCCACUAUCUCUGUGUCCACAUUUACCACAACAAUUGCAACUUGUCAAUAAAGAAAUAUAUCAAA